AUGUCAAUGUCAUAACAAAGAUAUCAAACUCUUAUGGGUUCUGAUGAUAUUUCGUAAAUAUGCAGCGGAUUCAUUAGGUUUAUUGAAGAAAUUUUAUUACCAAUUGCUAAAUAAGAUACUAAGCAAUUUUAAAAUUGGACAAAGUUCAAGGAGAUCAUUGAUCCAUUUAAUAAAAAAAUUGAAUUACAAAGAGUUGAGUAAUUUUUCUAAUAAUUUAAUAAUUCCAAGAUUAAUCAAGAAAAUAAACCACCAACUCCAAUUCUUAAAGAUUAAACUAAAAACACAGUCAAUAUUCAAGACCGAAGUUAUUCAAUACCUUAGACAACAGUUGUUUAAAAUCUAACAGAUGAUUACGAAAAUAAAUUAAAGGAAAUCACAGAGAAAAUUAAUAAAACAUUUCAUUAGAACAACACUCACCUAGAUAUACUUCUAAAAAUGAAUAACACUACCUAAGAUGCUAGGAAUAAACUAGAACUGAAUAAUAAUAAUAAUUAAAGAAAUACUUCAAUCACCAGAAGAGUUGAUUUUAAAAGAAGAAAUACCGAUUACUAUUCGUUUAAACCUAUCAAUAUAUAAUGA